UCGUAGCUUUGCUUAUUAGCCUGACAUUGGCUCUGUGUCUAAAUAGCACAUUAGUGGCUUUGGGGGGAUCUGCUUACAGUCAGAAAACUUCUACUACUCUCACAGAGGCUGGCAACACUGACAAGGCUUAUAUUGAGACUUCUUUAAAAUGUAGCCUGCAGGGUACCCCUCUUUUGCCUUCCUUCUCAAUGGAGGGGGACUACAUUAUUGGAGGUGUUUUCUCCAUUCAUGCCAACAUGCACAUGGUAAAUAAUGACUACACCACCGCUCCUGAGGCUCCAAGGUGCACGGGGAGAAUAGACCCACGUGAACUGCGCUUUUCUCGUGCAAUGGUCUUUGCCAUUGAAGAAAUAAAUAACAGCACAGAGCUGCUGCCAAGUGUCAAACUGGGAUAUCAGAUUCAUGACUCAUGUGCUUCUGUGCCUAUGACCAUGCAUGUAGCAUUUCAGCUGUCAAAUGGCUACGACCCUGUAUAUUACACAAGACAUGACUGUUCUCAAUCCGGCGUGGUGAUUGCUGUCAUUGGUGAAUCUGGAUCCACCCCGUCAAUCAGCAUGUCACGGGUUAUUGGAUCCUUUAACAUUCCACAGGUGAGCCACUAUGCCACUUGUGCCUGCCUCUCGGAUAAGAAGCAGUAUCCAACUUUUUUCAGAACAAUUCCCAGUGACCAGUACCAAGCUGACGCACUGGCCAAGCUGGUGAAACACUUUGGUUGGACUUGGAUAGGGGCCAUCCGGUCAAACUCAGAUUAUGGAAAUAAUGGCAUGGCAGCCUUUUUGAAGGCAGCACUCAGAGAGGGGAUCUGUGUGGAAUACUCGGAAUCGUUCUAUCGGACUGACUCACGCAACAAGAUCCAGAGAAUUGCUGAUAUUAUCCGGAGGUCAACAUCAACAGUAGUCGUGGCAUUUGCAGCUCCUGGGGACAUGAAGUUCCUCUUAGAGGAGAUGGCCAAAGACCGUCCUCCAUCGCGUCAGUGGAUUGGAAGUGAAGCCUGGAUUACUGACCCACACCUGAUGAGCUUCAGUUUUUGUGCAGGGGCUAUCGGAGUUGCCAUUCAACAAUCCGUCAUUCCAGGUCUGAGAGAAUUCCUUCUAAAUCUCUCUCUCUCAAAGGUGGCUUUCUCCUCAGUGUUAACAAAGUUCUGGGAGGAAGCAUUUGACUGCAAGCUGAAAAGUUCUAAUCCAGACGAAAGGACCUGUGAUGGAACUGAAGACAUUAAAACACUCUUGAGCCCGUAUACUGAAACAUCUCAGUUAAGAAUUACCAAUAUGGCAUACAAGGCUGUUUAUGCAAUAGCCCAUGCUAUUCACAAUGUUGUUUGCCUGGAAACGAAUAAAACUAUACAGUGUAAUAAACACACAAAACUGGAGUCAAGUCAGGUUUUGUCAGAGUUGAAAAAUGUCAAUUUUACAAGAAAUAGUUACCAUGUGUCAUUUGAUGAUAAUGGUGAUCCUGUGGCUUUUUAUGAACUGGUCAAUUGGCAAAGGCAUGCCAGUGGAGUUACUGAACUGAUAAAAGUAGGAUACUAUGAUGCAUCACUGCCAGUGGGUCAGCAGUUCCAUAUCAACCGGAACAUAACCUGGUUGGAGGGUAGCACUCAAGUGCCAGUGUCGGUUUGCUCUGACAGUUGUUCUCCAGGAACCCGUAAGGUGUUGCAGAAAGGAAAACCCAUCUGCUGCUAUGAUUGUAUACAGUGUCCUACAGGAGAGAUGAACAAUGUGACAGAUUCUCCUAAUUGCUACCCAUGCCCCAGAGAAUUCUGGCCAAAUGCAAAGAAAGAUGCUUGUUUUCCCAAACGUGUGGAGUUUCUUUCCUUUGAUGAAGUCCUUUCAAUCAUCCUGGCUGCAUUCUCUGUUAGUGGAGCCUGUUUGGCCAUCAUAACAGCAGCAGUUUUCUUUCAUCACAGGACAACUCCAAUUGUCAGAGCAAACAACUCUGAGCUGAGCUUCCUGCUGCUCUUCUCUCUGACCCUGUGCUUCUUAUGUUCAUUAACUUUCAUUGGAGCACCUUCUGAAUGGUCCUGCAUGCUGCGGCACACAGCGUUUGGCAUCACCUUUGUUCUCUGUAUCUCCUGCGUUCUUGGAAAAACCAUAGUUGUUUUAAUGGCCUUUAAAGCAACACUUCCAGGAAACAAUGUAAUGAAAUGGUUUGGUCCUCCACAACAAAGAAUGACUGUAGUGUCUUUUACAUUUAUUCAGGUUAUAAUAUGUACAUUGUGGUUGGUUGUAAGCCCACCUUUUCCAAAGAAAAAUCUAACUACAUAUAAGGAGAAGAUCCUACUGGAAUGUGCAUUGGGCUCUUCUGUUGGUUUCUGGGCUGUCCUUGGCUACAUUGGUCUGCUUGCUGUUUUUUGCUUUAUAUUGGCUGUUCUAGCUCGGAAACUACCUGAUAAUUUCAAUGAAGCAAAGAUGAUCACCUUCAGCAUGUUGAUAUUCUGUGCCGUCUGGAUCACCUUCAUCCCAGCAUAUAUCAGCUCUCCAGGAAAACUUACAGUGGCAGUGGAGAUAUUUGCCAUUCUGGCCUCCAGUUUUGGACUGAUGCUUUUUAUAUUUGCUCCAAAGUGUUUUAUUAUUUUGUUUAAGCCAGAAAAGAACACCAAAAAAUAUUUAAUGAGCAAAAGCUAAUAAUCAAUUUUAGUUAUCUGGAAACAAUAAAAUGAUAAAGACCAGGAUACAUCUGGAGCCAUUUUUCAUAUCAACAUAUACAUUUGAGAACCAAUAGUGGUAGAAGUUGCUUGUCCUUUAAUCCAUUUGCUCAAAAUACAAGAUUUAUAUAGUAAUAAUGAUAAUUAUAAUGCAACAGACAGGCGACCAGUUCUACAUAGCAAGGGUUACUACAGAUAAGAGCAUACACUGUCAAG